AGUCGUCAGGGAUUGGUCGAUUCUAAAAAUUAUAUAUGUGACGUAGCACUUCUAUUGGCACGUGUAAAAUAGUAAUCGUACUGGUAUAACCUUAUUUUUCUAAUUACGAUAGUUAAUAUAUACAUAACUCUAAGGAUUACACGAUGAAAAAUUUUUUAUUGCCCACGUUUCGUCUAUAAUUUUCAUUAUAAUGUAUUUUUUCGUGUGCGCAAUGAAUAACAGUUUUAAUGUGCACGCAUUUUUAUUAGUCGCACACACAUGCAAUCAAUGAAUGCAUCCUAAUGAAUUUCCAAAGCUAAAGCAGAUUAAGCUGAAGAAAUUCGUUGGUUGCUUUCAGUCAAGCGAUCAAAAGACAAUCAUUGUAGCAUAGGGAUAGAUCGAAGAACGAGAAAGUAGAAUCAAGAGUGUACUGAUUGCGAGGCGAAGAAAGAGAGAAAAGGAAGUGGUGGCAGUAGUGUAGUGUGGUGGGGUAGUGAUGGUGGUGAUGUUUGCCCUGACCGACUGGUUAUUCUAUAUACCUAACUAGUACGCCUUCGGACUUCGCUAGCUUUCCGUCUGUUACGGGAAGGGUGCGUGUCGGUCACGAUUAACAUAUGCCAUUCCGUAGCGGGAAUUUUGUCUCCAGCCUACGGAUAGUAGAGGUAAAGCUUUAUGAUAAGAGAAUAAAAAGAGAAGAGGAAAGAACAGACGGCAUGCUUUCCUCACGCAAUGUUCACGCAAAGUGGUAAUAACGCGCGCGCGAGACGCGCGACUCGAGUAAAUCAAGAGAGUAGUACGAACAAAAGUUGUGACCCCACGCUCGGCUAGUGCUCCUAUACUUUUUCACCUAUUUUAAAGAUACUUCAAUAUGUCUCAUCACUUUGUUACUGUAUGUGUAGUAUGUGUAUUAUGUGCUGCACAUACUCCAUGCUCAGCGCACACUGACUUCAAAAUGGCAGAUGCAAUAUCCUAUGACAUUGCAAAUCAUGAAAAUAUACCUAAUUCUAAGAACGAACUACUAACGUCUGAAUUAAGAUCAAAGCAAUUAAUGCAACUUAAAGAUCACUUAAAGAUAAAAACAAAUACAUUGGAUCAAAUAAAACAUGACAUUAAAAAAUACAUUGAUACGCAAGAAAUUAAUAACAGUAAACAUAUAAUUACUAAAGUUGUACCAGCUGCUGUUGAUAAAUCUUAUUCCGAAAAGAAAGUUUUGGAAAAAAAGAAGAUUAUUAAAAAUAGUCAAGAAUCACAUAAGAAUGAUACAAACAUAUUAUUGAAAAAUGAUUUGGAAGUUUUAGAAAGACUUGGACAAAUUGAAUUAAUGAUUCAUGAGAAACAAGGAUUCAAGUAUUUUACUAACGAUCAUAGUAAAGAAUCUAGGCUUAGAAAAAGAAGAAGUAUAGAUGUCAAUGAAAAAUACUUCAUGAAAAAAAUUUUUGAAGCCUAUGGUGAUGGUAAAAGUAUGACAAUAGAAGGUUUUGAAAAGCUAUUAAGGAAGUUAGGUUUAUUAACACUUUUGACUGAUAUCUCUAAACUAGAGGGUCACAACAUGGGAAUUAAUCGAUCCGAAAAUCAAUUAGAGAGUAAAACUUUGCAACAUAAUGGCCUACAUGAUAAGAAUGGAAUUAAAAAAGAAAGGUGCUUAAGCGGUAAAGAAUUGCUAAAUACAGUUGCACAAGGUAGCCCAUAUAACUCAAAAAAUAAUGAUACAACAUUACCAAGUUGGCUUUUCGAACGUGUUUGCCCAGUUCUCAUUUAUCAAUUGGCAGGAGAAUCAAGUUUAGAAAGAAAUGGAUGUGUUCUAGUACCAGAAAGUUACAAAGUUGUUACAGAUGAUAUUGAUUAUCGUCCAGAAGAAAUAACUCGUAACAUGUUUCAAGUAUGGUUGUAUUCAACGAUUAGCAUUUUAAUUAUCAGUCUUUGUGGACUGCUUGGUGUAGCAGUAAUACCUGUAAUGGGAAAAAUUUAUUAUCAUCAAUUAUUACAAUUCUUAGUUGCUCUUGCUGUGGGAACAUUAUGUGGUGAUGCUCUUAUACAUUUGUUACCACAUGCAAUGAUGUCACCAAUGACACAUAAUCAUGAACAUAACCAGAUUCAUGAAAGUCAUUUUAUAACAAAUCAUGAAGAACUACAUAAUUUAAAUAUGUGGAAGGGUUUUGUAGCUAUGAUCGGUCUAGUGUUGUUCUUUUUUACUGAGAAAGCUUUAACAGUGUUAGCAGAAUGGAGAAAACAUCGUCAACGUCGUAACAAAUUACCAUCACGUGUGAGAGUUAUGAGGGAGUCUGAUGGUCCUAACAGUAAUGUUGUUGGUGAAAAACUUUGUAAACAUAAAUAUUCUUCAUAUCCAUAUUGUUAUGGUGAAAUCACAACAGAGACACAAGAUAAUCAUCAUAAUCGACAACAUAAACAAGAUAAACCACCUGUUAUCGAUGAAGAAAAACCAUUAACAGCAAACUGUAAUUCUGUAUCAAAAAUGAUGACAAGUGAUAUCGAGAAAAAAACGACUGACGAUUGGAGGUUGGAUGAUUCCAUUGUAAAUAAUGCAAAAAAGAAUGCAGAUGGUGCUGAUAUACCUUUAAAUGAAUCUGAAAGUUAUACUGUUAUUAUACGCGAGCAUGAGACUAAACAUCAUGGCCAUACACAUUCUCAUGGUCAUGUACAUUCUGCACCAGAGUCAAUGUCAAGUGUUGCUUGGAUGGUAGUAAUGGGAGAUGGCCUACACAAUUUUACUGAUGGCAUGGCCAUAGGUGCAGCUUUUGCAGCAAACAUAGCAGGUGGAUUUUCUACCGCUAUUGCUGUUUUUUGUCAUGAAUUACCUCACGAAUUAGGUGAUUUUGCAGUAUUGUUAAAAGCAGGUAUGAGUGCUAAACAAGCAGUUUUUUAUAAUCUUUUGUCAUCGGUGCUAUGCUUAUUUGGGAUGAUAGUUGGUGUGUUAUUGGGCAGUACACCAGCAGCAACCAGUUGGAUAUUUUCUGCUGCUGCUGGUAUGUUUAUAUAUAUAGCUUUAGUAGAUAUGAUACCAGAGUUAUCUUCGAGUCAUUCUGCAGAACGCAGUUCACACUGGCAAUGUAUGUUACAAGCAUUAGGAUUAUCAUUGGGUCUUGGUAUCAUGCUAAUUAUUGCACUUUAUGAACAUGAUCUUAAACAUAUAUUUAAUGAUUAAAUUAUAUAUAUAUUGGAAGUAUUUUUGAAAAAUGCACAUUUACCAAUGAAGUUUGUUAUUUAUAAUAAAGGAGUCUCUUAUAUUGAUAACUAUAAAACUAUAGAUAAAAUAAUACAGAAGGUAUGAAGAUAUCAAGAAAAAUACUGCAGCACUAAGAGAAUAACUGAAUAUCUAGAAAACUUAAUUAAUUUAAACACAACGACAAUAUUUGAAGUAUACUUACAAAAUCAAGUAUUCAGAGUAUACUUCUGGUUAUUGAAAUACUGUUCUUAUAGAGAAUGUAUGAUGAAACCUUAUUUUCAGUAAUUAGAUAAAGAACUUUAUAAUAUAUUACCUAGUUCUUUUAUCUGUUACUUUGAUAUUAAAUAAAGUGAUUGUAUAUAAUUGCUGCUAUAAAUUACAUGAUUCAUUUGCUUAUAUGUUAAAAAUAUCGCGUGUUUAAAUUAAUAUUAAGUAUAUAAUAUUAAAUGAAAGUUGCCUUAGAAUUAAAACUUGCCAUUGUAUGAAUAGACUGCAAGCACAUAUAAAAAAUAUUAAUGUUAAAGUAAUUAUUCAUUAAACAUUAAAUGCUUUUUAGAUUUAUUUGUGAACACGUUUUAUUACAAAAUUCACUUUUAUUCAAUUCACGACUUUUUUUAUAUAAGUAAUUUGUUAUUAUCAAUGAAAAAAUACAUUGCUUUGGCGAAUAUUGUCAAAAGUAUUAGGCAAUAUAUUUAAUCCGUUUCAGAUAUAAGUAAUUUGUAGAAACCUAUAGCAGCAAUUACAUAAAAAUAUUUAGUUAAGAUGGCUUCCAUUAUUUUGUAAGUGAUCUGAUACUUAAAUCAGAAAUUAGUUUAAACAUUUAUAAAGUAAGAUAGAUAUUUAAAGGUCGCUUAUAAAUUAAAAUAAGUUAUGAUUUAAUUAAUGCUUUUUAAAUCAAUAGAUUAUUCGAUAUUAUACAAAUUUCUAUUUUUUAAGAAAUUAUCUUUUCUACGUAUUAAUUAUACAGAGACAAAUAGACACAACUGCAAUUGUAUUUACUUAUGGUAUUACAGUAACACUGAAUAUUUAUUACCAUGCCUAUCUUUGCACUUCAAUACAAAUAUUCAGGUGUUUCAUGCAAGAUUUAUAUACUUAAAGAUUCCUAAUUUCAAAUAUUUGCAUUAUGUAUACUUAUCAAAUGAUAUUUAAGAAUAGAAUUAAUUCUACUAUGAACAUAUAUCAAAUUCAAACAAAAUAGAAUUCAAUUAAUCAAUUGAUUUUUAAAUAAUAUUAUUACAUAUAUUCAUAAUUAAAAAAUCGUUUAUCUAUUCAAUUCCAAUGUAAUCAUUUUUCAUUUAUAUGUAUUUCAGUAUCGAAAAAUGAUUUUAUUUUCACUGUCUGGUGCUCGUAUAUAUCAUUAUUAUCAUAUUCUUAUUUUUAUGUAUAAGAUUAUUCUAAUAAAUAAAAAUAAAAUUGGCUUUAGCCAUAAUAGAUUAUCAGUGAUACAAACAAUUAGGUAUGAGAAUUGUAGUAUAAAUAAUCGAAUUAAAUAAUGAUGGAAUAAAUAAAUUAAUAUGUUUUAGAAAAUUUUCUACUUUGUGAAGGUAUCAUUCUAGAUCACAUUUCUUUAUUAAAUUUUGUGCAGAUGUACCAGAAGAAAAAACUAUGUAUUACCGUAUCAGAAAAUGUAUAGUGUUAUUGUUUAUCUAUCUUCAUACAAAGUAAAAGUUAUGAUACUGAAGAUAUAAUAUUUUGAUAGAUUCAUGUUAUAUCUCAAUUUCAUGAAGGACAGAAUUUUAUAUGUACUCACAUUAAUCAUAUAUUAAGAAUUGAAUAAUUAUCUAUCUUUAUAUAGAAGUAAGACAAGAGAAGAAAGCAAGCUAUGAUAAUUUAUAUCUACAGGUGAUUAAUUAUCUGAAAUAAUAAAAAAAAACCUGUAGUAAUAAAUAUGAACAUUUAAAGAUAAACUUAAUACAUCUUAUUGUAUACAUGAUAUUUUACUUUAAAAAUAUACCUUUUUGUUACUUUGAUAAUUUUAAAUAUCCCAUCAAUAAAAGUAAAAAAAAAAAAAAACUUUCAAGCACUUUCAAUGUGAGAGAAAUUGAAAGUUAACAUUACUAUGCAAAUUUUACUUAAAUUCGAGAGGAUAUAAAUGUGCCACAAUGUUAUUUUAUAAUUAUCAUUAGUAGAUAUAUAAUUAAAUAUAUAACUAUCAUAAAGUUAUACUUAAAAUUUCAAUGAUACACAUGUAUAAGAUAUAUAUUUCUCACUUAUGUUUAUUAUUCAUCUAUAAACAUGUAUACCAUUGAAAAAUAUCACACAUUAUAUGUAUCUAUCAACACUGUAAGGUUUAGCAAUUAAAUAAAUUUAAGCACAUAUUGUAUGCGGUCAUAAUUGCUGUGAUACUACCUUUAUUGUAUAGUACUAUUUGUAUAUGAAAUAUGCAUGUGUGUAAACUUAUGCCUUUGUAUUUCUCUUUCAAAUAUGAUUUUAUUAAUAUUAUUAGUAUCUUUAUUUUUAAGAAAUAAUUUUUUAUUAAACACUUAAUUAACGGUAUAUUUAAAAUAUUUAUUUACCAAAAAUAAUUCCUAAUAAAAUUAUUAUUUUGAUAAGUAGAUAAUAUUAAUAAUAAACUAAAUAUUUAGAGGUAUUCAUGUAUAAGUUUAACACAAAAUUAUUACAAAAGAAUAUGCAAGUUUUAUAGAUCAUGUAUAAUAUUUUUCAUGGAAUUGCCCAAAUGUUUUAUAUCCAAACAAUGAUUAAAUAAGUUCUAAUAUGGACAAGUUUUCGUGCGAAAUUAUUAAUAACUUGUAACAUACGUAUCUCUUUUAUCAAAUAUAUAUAUAUAAAUAACAUGAUUUCGAAAUCAGCAUAUGUGUAAUAUAUGAUAUACUUACAUUUUGCAGAUGCUGCACAAAAUAAAAAAAUUGAUAAAAUAA